UCGGUGCGUGGAUUCACGGCAAAACGGACAGCCCCAGUGCAUGGACAAAGCUGCACCGGACAAUGCCAGCAUGCCGGACUUGGAAAGUUGGUGGUGGUGGUCUCACACCUGGUGGUGGCUUGAUAACUCCCCGGCUCCGUCAACGGAUGACGUCAUCAGUGAUUGUGAAGAGGAGCAGAAUGAGAGCUCGCUUGCGGAUCAGGCGUGUGACCCGGUCAAAAUGGAGCGACUGAGGAUCAUGUGUGAGGACCUCGUGGACGACUGCAUUUCGCCUCUCAUCUUAGAUCUUUCACCGGAAGAAUUUCGUACCAUGCAGGCGGAGCUCAGCCACGUCACGUGCUGGUACCUGGCCUGCGACCGCUACUGGGACCGCUCGCCGGCGCCGGCGCGCGUGCUGCCCUGGGCCCGGAUCGCCGCCGCGCUCACGCUCCCCACGCUGCUGCUCUCCUAUGUCUACUACCUGCUCUGCGUGCUGCGCUUGGAGCGGCGCCGAGAGCCGGGAAAGGACUUCAUCCAGGUGACGUGUCCGCACGAGCUGAAGCGACGCCUCCUGGAGCGGACUGUCAGCCGGGAGCCGGCCCGGCCGCGGCGCCCCAACGACCUGUUCGCCAUCUACGACGGCGACUACGAGCUGGCCCCGCCCAAUCACGUGGACUACUGAGACACGGGCCGGCCUGACCAAGACACGUGGGCUACUGAGACACGGGCCGGCCUGGCCAAGACACGUGGACUACUGAGACACGGGCUGGCCUGGCCAAGACACGUGGACUACUGAGACACGGG